AUGAAAUUCCAUGACAUGAGUCCCUUGGGUCCGAUCGCUCUGAGCGCAACCACCCCAGAUGAUCAGCUGAACGCCACUAAUCCCCAUAUCGCCAAACGGGAUGGUCAGGUCCUAUGGGGUGGAUACUACGGUCCACAACCCAGUGAAAUAAAGGUAUCUCAAGGAUCGAAGAAAAAGCGUUUCAGCGCUUUCCAACCUGAAAGCGAUGAUGCAAAUGGGAAGAUCGAUUCUCUAGAUGUUGAAGUUUAUAACAUCGAUGCGAGUAGAUUCCAAAAAGCUAAUUCCAAACAUUCUGAUAUCAAAGAUGAGAAUAGCUUAUCUGGUGAUCCUUGGUGGAUCGGUGCAUAUGAAAUAGCAGCUCAACAAAUUGGGGGAAACGAAUAUACUUCGAAAGAUGGGUUCGAUAAAGAUGCAGAUGCAGAUAUUGGAUUGAGAAUGUUGACAGGUUUGGAAAGUAUGACCAGCGAGCCUAUCAAAGGCGAUGAUGAAGGAUUAUGGGACAUUCUGAAGAAAGGAAAAGAGUCAUCAAUAUGCCUAAAAAAGGGGAAACAAUGGUAUGGCGUUACAGGCAUCGAAGGUGAAUUGAAGGAUGGUAAUGUCAAGGUGACCCUAUACGAUACCAAAAAAGGUGAAUGUAAAUCGUACGAUUUUGAUGAUCUCGACAUCAAGUACUACUCUAUACUGAAAGGUGAUGACAAGCUCUGA